AACUCCGCUCCAUUUUUGGACGGGACUAAACCCAACUUUGAGGGAGGGAAGCAGAUCUUGGGAGGAUCCUUCCUAUCGUGCUGACUUCCCCUCUUCGUUCUCCUUGAGAACAAAAACAUCUUCUUCUGGCAUGGAAUUGUCGCCCUCUCGAUUUCAGAGUCCGCAACAACUGAACGAAACGAUUGCCGAAGCCUCCAGCAUGUCGACGCUGACCAUGGGGAGACCACAAUUACUCCCUUCUCCGAGUGCUAUGCUGUGGGAUGAAGGGAGAAAAUUGGAUCUUCCAUCAAGACCGCGAUCUCCUCCUGAAAAGAUUGAGCUUCCAUCUAUUCGACAGGCUAUCCCGGAGAUUCAGCUGAGAACUGGUCGAGCGGAUGGAGAUUACAAAACCGGUUCUGCCAUCUCGUAUUCCCCAACAGCGGUCGCAGCUCUCAUCACACCUCCUGAAUACGUCCAGUCACCAUCGUUACACAAACGAAGGAGGUUGUCUUCAGAUGAUGGUCGAGAUAUCGAGUCAAGAGAUCAUGUUGUCCCAAGAAUGUACAGAAGUCCCUCCAGACCAUUGCAAAGGUCCCAAAGUGUAGCACUAUCACCAACGGCGUCGGCACGCCGGGUCAAUACUCUCUCAACCACCGAGAACUGGGCAGGUUCCAAUCGAACCAGCCCUUGUUGUGUGACUCGAGGUCUUCCACUCCCUGACUCUUCCAGUGUCAGUCGAUCGGACUGGAGGCCUUCACUACCUAGUCUUCCAUCUUUGACUCUCAGCCACAAUAAUGCUGUUCCACGGGGACGAAGUACCUUCUCGGAAUACGCCUUGGAGUCGUCCAGAUCUGGAGCACAGACUUACCCACAUUUGUCCGGAUCCCAAUUUGACCCUCCAAUUUCUUCUUACCAUCCAGCAUUGUCAUAUGGUUAUCAACAACCUCGCGGCCAAUCCUAUUCUGGACCUUCAACGUAUCCUCUCACACACGACAGAUCGCCUUUUUCGAAUAACCACCACAAUAUCUAUCCUGGAAGCAGUUUCUCGUACGGGCUGGAGAGAGAUGAUGGCAACGACAGCAAGCAGAGAAAGCGGAGAGGCAAUCUUCCGAAAGAGACUACGGAUAAAUUGAGGGCGUGGUUUGUGGCUCAUUUGCAACAUCCCUAUCCCACCGAGGACGAGAAGCAAGAACUGAUGAGGAAGACUGGACUUCAAAUGAGUAAGCUCCCUUACGAAUGUUCUCCUUUCUUCCCACAGUUGAUUUUCUGCGGGCUCUUGAACGCCGAGAACCAGUUCCAAAUCGGUUUCCGAGUCACAGAAGCUAACUUGGACAGAUCAAAUCUCGAACUGGUUCAUCAACGCACGUCGACGGCAGCUGCCAACAAUGAUCAAUAACGCACGCGCUGAAUCUGAUGCCAGAUCAGCUAGGAGCGGUGAUCUUCUUCAUGGAGAAAGUACGAGUGAUUAUGGUGACGAAAGGGAGAAGAGGGGCAGUGUGCCGCUUGGGGAUAGUGAGGGCGAGGCGAGUUGUGAUGAUGAUUACGAUUUGAGGUCAGGAACAGCGAUACA